UCCAGCUCAACCUGCGAGCUCAGCUUGCAGACCCGAGUGUGCCGCCCCUCUGCGAGAGCGGAAUGAAUGAGUGGCGUGGCCACCCAUUGGCUGAUUCUCUUUUUCCAUGAGUGAGCAGCCGCCAGAUCCAUCAUCCAGCAGCCACCCAGCCCCUUCAGUCAACCCCGAGAUCCCCUCUCUCCCCGCAGUCGACGCACCGCCGCAAAGGCGACAGAUUGUCGACAACAACCACAGGGAGGCCUCGCCGGCGUCAUCGCCGCAGCGGCACGACAAACGCCAAGACGGCCAUGAAGAGGGCGACGAAGAGGAAGAUGAUGACGAUGAGGAGGAGCCUCUGGUUGACUACCAUCGUGUGGUGUCGCCCUUCAUGCGUCGGCUGCUGGAGCGGGACUCGGCGACCUGCCUGGCCUACACCGAUGAGGUGCUGGCGGUGGGGACAGAGAGCGGGGCGGUCUACAUACUAGACCAGGCGGCUGAGGAGACCCAGAGGUUCCACUCACACAAUGCACGGGUGAGUGCGAGAGGGAGGGAGGGAGGGAGGGAGAGAAAGCACACGGGAGUGUCAUCCAUUCAUUGUGGCGUGGUGUGCGCGUGUGCAGGUCAACGACUUGUCGAUCGACCUGCAGGGGGCGUAUUGCGCGAGUUGCGGUGCGGACGGCAAGGUGGUGGUGCAUGCCCUCAAGGGGCGGCAGCGGCCGCAGCCCGUCGACCCACCGUGGUCCUUCGACUACGAGUGGGCGGUGCUGAGUGUGGCCAUUCACCCACAAUACGCUGAAGGCACCCAGAACAAAAUGGUAUGUAUGGGUGUCUGUCUGUCUGUGGGAGGCAGUCGAGUCGACAGAGAUAUGGCGGCCGGGACGCUGGCUGUGUGUGUGCAUCACAUCAGGUGUGUCUUGGUGGGGAUGAGUACAAGCUGAUUCUCAACAAGAGGGGCAUGCUCGUGUCCUCCAACACAGUCGUUCACAGGUGCAUUGCAAUACACAGCAGAAGAACACACAAGACAUCCAUCCAUACGUACCCACCCACCCGCACCGGCUCACAAACCUGUGCUGUGUGUUGGUCCCAGCGGUGAGGGCACCAUCUUUUCUGUGCGUUGGCGAGGUUCGCUGAUCGCGUGGGCCAAUCUGAAGGGCGUCAAGGUGUUUGACGUCAUAACGCACCAGAAGGUGACCUUCAUCCCGCGAUCCAACUACAGAUACGGCAUCGACGGGAACGCCAUCCAAACCCCACAGCUGGUCCGUCGGCGCACAGAAAGGCCGACAGACACAAAGAGGGGCUGCCGAAUGGAUUGGUGUGUUGCUAUGAUGUUGUGUCAGGCGUUGGACUCGAGCAACCGCCCGUCGCUGUGUUGGAGCAGCGACGACACCCUCAUCUUCGGCUGGGCAUUCGUCGUCAAGGUGGGCGGGCCAAUCCUUGCCCACAUCGACAGACAGCCAAUCCACCGACACUCUUCCUUUCUGCAGAUUGCCAAGUUCCGGGAGAAGGCCGAGAUGGGCUCACCGCCGAUCAAGUGAGCCACUCACGCCGAUGGAUUGUCUGUCCCAUGGAUGGCUGAAUGGAUGGAUCGAUGGAUAUCUCUCUGUCGAUGCCAUGCCAUGCAGGUAUGCUGAGGUGGUCGAGCACUUCGCGCUGCCGUACAUCGUGUGUGGCGUGGCGCCCUUCGCCAUCAACGGCGGCGCCAGCAACGGGGAGUCGCUGCUGGCCAUCCUCACCUGCACAGAGGGGGGCGUCAACGACCCGGAUGAACCGCCGCAACACCACCUCUGCAGGUAGCUAGGCAUGCAGGCAGCCAUGCCAUGUGUGUAUGGUGACGUAUGUGCACUUGCCUGUGGUGUGUCUGUCUGCUCUGCGUGGCGUAAAUCUCACGUUAGGCCGUCUGGUGAGAUUUUGUUCUCCGACUACGUGCCGGUGAACCAGUGUGUGGGUCGGCAGCCCCUCGACUUCAAGCUCGAGCACCGAGAUCCAUCCAUGCCCAACUACAUCGUCGCACCUAAGGACCUGCUCAUGGUGUGUGCACACAAUGGGCGCCCAUCCAUCCAUCCGCCGAUUGCGUGUCCUGUUUGUGUGUCAGGUUCGUCGUCGCAGUUUGGAGGACCACAGCGUGUGGCUGGUGGACCACGAGAGGUAUGAGGAGGCCAUCGACGUGGCCAGGAACGGCUCACCCGACCUCCUAAGGGCCAUCGGCCAGAGCUGCCUCAAGCCGCUGCUGCAGCAGAGGGACUUCCAGAGGGCGGCCAACAUCAUCUCUCAACUCAACAUCACGGAUGGGGACGAGUGGCGUGCUGUGGUCGAGGCCUUCGAUUCGCACGGAGCCCUGACGCACCUGGCGCCCUUCAUCCCGCUGCCGGACAGCAACACUCACGAGGAGGCCUGUGUGCCGCUGGGGGUCGACGCAUCAGGCUGGCAGGUAGGGACCGUACCCACACGCACCCCACCACAACACCAUACCCCAAUGCACACAUAAGUGAGCCGUUUCUCUCUCGUCGCUUCAGUCGAAGGUCGACGAGCGUGAGAAGACCAAGAACCCCCCUCUGCCACUGGAGGCCUCUCUCUACGAGACCCUCCUGCUCAAACUGGGUGAGUCCGACCCGUCGCUUCUCCUGGAGCUGGUGCAGAAGUGGCCCAUCCACCGGCUGGACCUCAAGCGCCUUAUCGACAAGCUCAGAGCCAUGACCGACCUCCCCUCUGUCCCACACAAGACGCUUCCACCCGCUUUGGCCGUUAGCGGCCUCUUGCGGGCCGACCAGCGGUCGUCCGGUGCUUCUGGAGGGUCUGGCGUCAUGUCGUCUCGCGACGGGACGCCACAGAGUUCGACCAGGGGAGGUGGCGGUGGUGGUGGUGCACCGUCUCCCAGGAUGCUGCCGCUGCUGCAGGUGCUCGCACACCUCUAUGAGGAGACCAAACAGGUCGGUCGGUGUGGUGGGUCAGCAGCGGAGUGGCAUAGUGAAGGACCUUCCUCCCUCCCUCCCUCCCUCCCUGUUUGCCCCUAUGUAUAUAAAAUAUAUAUAUGUGUGUGCAGUAUUCCCGUGCGUUGGAGGUGCUGUUACGGAUCCGGUCACCGUGCGUCUUCGACCUCAUCACCGCACACCUGCACCAAGACGCUGACUUCAGAGGUGGGGGAGGGACUCGGUCACAAAGCACAGAAACACUCCGCACUCUCCUUGUGUGCUGCCAUGCCGUGUCUGUCUCGCCAGAGACGGUGGCGCGUCAGUCUCUUGGUCUGAUGACCCUCGACUGGAGCCGCGCGUGUUCCCUCUUCGUGGGCGAGGCGCAGCUCUUCUCCCUCAACGAGGUGGUGCCCCACCUCAUGAGUGACAGGCUGCUGCUCCACACCUACCUCAAGGAGCUCUUCUUCAGGGACCCCAUCCAGACGCGCCACUACCACCCCCUGCAGGUGGAGCUCUUCCUCCAGUACGACCCCCACCUCGCACUAGACUUCCUGCGGCUCGCCGACGGGCACUACGACGUCCAGGAGGCCCUGCAGCAAUGCAGGAAUGCCAGGAGUAUGAUGGGCCAGCAUCAGGGGAAGGGCAGCGGCCGGUCCCCCGCGCUUCUCGAGGCGGAGGUGUUUCUGCUGGGCCGCGCGGGGCUGACGCGGGACGCCCUCAACAUCCUGCUGGAGCAGCUGCAGGACAUCCGCGCGGCAGUGCGGUUUGCAGCCGAGUACAGAGACCCGGAGUUGUGGGAGCAGCUGGUCACCUUUGCUCUGCAGCAUCCUGCGGCGCUGGCGGAGCUGCUGACGCAUUUGGACACCGACAGCGACCGCAGUUCGGCGUCUCCGCGUGACCGGGAGGCGGUGCUGUUCCCCGUGGGUGCGAGGGGGGAGGGCAUGGGCAACGGGGGAGUGCUGCCGGUGACGCCUCUGCAGGUGGGUGCGCCUCUGUCGCACUACCACAUGUAUGGCCGCGCUUCUGUGGUCGUGUGGAUGUGUUCAGAUCCUCCGUCGCUUGCCGGAGGGUGACUUGUCAAAGAUCCCGCGCAUUGAGGCCAAGCUGGAGAAGAUCUUCAAGGACCUGCAGGUGCAGCGGUCACUGCAGGAGGCGUCCCUCUCCCUCCUCAAGCUCGACAGCGCCCACUUCUCCAGGGCGCUGCUCACAAGGCGGAGGCGGGGCAUCGCUCUCACCAUCCACCCCACACCCUUGCUGGCGGCCAUGGGGGGCCCCGGCAACCUUGGGCCACCCAGACCUGCACAGCCCAAACGAGCACCGCCACCAGCAAAGUGAGGAAACCGGACAAAGCCUCGAUGCGGGAAUCAAUGGAGCCUCGCUGUGUGUCUGUCUGGGUAACACUGUGCAGGCCUCAGCGGUCCCCCCCAGCCACGCCAGGCCUCCCGCCCCCCUCCCCCUCCGCCCCCUCACGCCGUUCUCGCGAGACGUCCUCCCAGCGGGACAGGAGUGGCUCAUCCGACGAGCGGUCCACCCAGAUCAGCCAGCGGGCCGCGUCAGAGAUGAUGGCGACAAUGCAGCCCCGCCCCACCGGCCACCAGCAGCUGCCGGUGCUCAUCUGCCGGUCGUCGACGCGGUGCUGUCUGUGUGAUGCUUACGUCAUCGAUGCGCCGAGGCGGCUGCGUCCCGUGACCAUAUCGUGGCCCUCGCCGCCAUCGCCCGCCACGCCCCCUGUGUUUGACCGGCGACCGGAGGCCGACAAGGAUGCGGCGAAAGAGGACAGGGGCCGAGAGGGGGAGGGGGAGGGUGAGCCGUCGGCUGCGGUCAUGAGGCGGGCGAGGGAGGAGCUGGGCAAGGUCGCGCGGUUCCACUUCGACUUCAGGUGUGCACGGCUUGGACACACAGGCAGUGUCCUGCAAGUGGGUGCAUUCUCUCUGUCUCUGUGUGGGUGUGUGAUGUUGUGUGUGUGUGUGUGUGUGUGAAGGCGUCACAGCCCCACCCAUGUGGUGUUCUUGUGCGGCCACGCCGUCCACCUGGCGUGUCAGUUUGACGCCACCCUUCCCUUCUCACCACGCAGCCACAGCGGACCGCACCGCCACAGCAGGUACGUAUACAGACCUGACAGACAGACAGGGCACAAAGAGAGAGGCAUGGAGAGGAGAGGACCCAUCCGUCCACACUCUCUUCCUCUCUCCCUGCCUGUGUCUACCAGGUCUCGAAUGACCUCGUCGUCAGCCGCGCGCAGCCGCAGCGCUUCGCGAUACCCCCCCAACGCCCCGUCCACCCCCACGCUCCCUUCAGCAGCUGCCAGGGGCGGCCGACCAUCGCCCCCCCACCCAUCCACCCCGCCCCUAGCCACAAGGGAAGGGGCGCCGGACAGACCCAAAGACAGAGGAGGGACAGCAGAGGGCGACACGCAGGCAACAGCAUCAGCAUCAGCAGCAUCGGCAGCAUCGUCUGGCGGCGGUGGUGAUUCGGACGAGAAGAUGCUGCUGCAUGAGGUGCGGAUGGUUCACGCGGCAGUGAGUAAAGGGUGUCGGUUGUGUGCGCGGGCCCCUUUGACAAGCUGGAUGUUGAGCGCCAAGCAGACAGGGGGACACAUAAGGGGACGGUCGUUGAGCCCGCAGAGGCGGCCGUGACGCGUGUGAGCAUGUCAGGUCUCUCUGUGUGUGUCAUUGGACUCAUUCCAUUGAAGUCGUU